AUGGGUUCUUUCCACUUCCAUACAGCUUGCUUAGUAUCAGCUCAUCUCUUUGUGAUAGGAUUGGCUCACCCAUCAUCCCCUGCUUCAAGUCCAUCGCCAUCAUUGUUACCACGAGUUCCGGUCAUCAGGAGGGUAGCAGGGCACCAUCGAGAUCGAUCGUUCGUGGGAGGAGACGUGAUUCUAGGUGGGUUCUUGAUGGCCAUCGUUGCAGUCAUCUUCUGCUACAUACGGGCAACGAGGAAGAAGAACCAAAUGCUCGUGACUCAGCCAUGA